GUGGUGCAUGGCCAUAGGGAUACACAGAUUCUGACCUAACCUGUCAGGAGUAGGUAUAUAACGACCACUUGUUACAUACGGGUGCUAUUCCAGAUUGGAUCAAAACAAGGAUGAAGCUUAUACUAGUACUGGUUGUAAUUAUUUUUACAACUCUUGAAUGUCAAGGUAGACGACAGGAAGGAAGGCGUCCUGGUGGACCAAGACCGGAAGGCGAUCGUCCUGAUGGUGGCCGUCCUGGUAGACCCGGACCAGAUGAUGACGAAUCUACUGAUGAGUCCACUGUGAAGACAUACGAUGGAGACUGUUAUCUCAAUGUGGAAGAAGAUAUGAAUGCAGAAGAGUUUGAAGUUGUUCUCAGAUUCAAUCGACCAGUCGAGAGUCUUAGUCUUGGAGGUUUUACCAUUAAAGAUUCUAGCCGUAAUAGGAGGUUUAUCUUGACUAAUUCUGAUCCUAUAUCUGCUGGUUCAGUAGAGCUUCAGUACACAGCUGAGUACAGUGGCAGACGACGACUCCGUGGUAGAUGUGGGUGUAACAGAAGACCAACAGUCACAGAGGGUCCACCAACAACAACCGCAACACCAGUCGGUCCACCAGCACCUGCAUAAACAACAUGCCACUAACCGGACUACAAAUCUAAACAUUAAAAGAUAUCUAAUUGUUCA